AUGGACAAAUGCAAAGUGAGACUGUUUUUUUGUUCUUUGUUGAUCUGUUUAUUUGUUUUUAUCACAUUUUACAAGAGAUACCAAUAUGAAUUUUGUAGAAAUUAUGAUGAACAAAAGGUGUCAUUAUAUUCCGAGGAAUCAUUUUAUUUCUCUUUUUACGAUGAUAUCGUUAAAUCUAAAAAUUACUCGGAUGCUAUUAAUCUGAUCAUAAAUGACGAUAGAAGCGAGUAUCCUAAUCGAAUAAAUGCACUACAACGUUUUAAUAUUUAUCCAGAAAUCAUCCUCGGAACAAUAUGGCGACUUUUAAAAUUAGAAACGUUUUUUGCAACCCCAUACAACUUUUAUGUUUACGCAGCAAUUCUUUCUCAAGCGGCUAGUGUCAGUACACUGUUUUUUUUUUCUGUAUAUCUAGGAAACUCAUAUUCUUCUGGAAUCAUAUUUAUAAUGCUUUUUUUUUCAUGUUUUCGUGAAAAGUUUAUAAUAAGAUUAGCUGGAUUUCCUUUAAGAGAAAACUUUGCUUCUGUUUACAUGUGGAACAUUAUUUUACAUAUAUAUAUUAUUCUUAGAGAAAAGAAGAUAUCAACUUUAAACUACGCCCAUUUAUUUUUGUGUGUGUUUUUUUUUUUAAUAACAUGGCAAUUUUCUGUUUUCAUUUUGCUAACCAAUAUUGUUAGUCUGUUUAUAGUUUAUUUAUUGGGAUAUGAUAUACAAAAAAAAUUAAAAAACAUAUUAAUUAUUCAGGGUUUAUCUUAUAUACUAUCAAUAAUUGUUACACUUUUUCCAAGAUAUAUGUUAUAUACAUAUUUCCCAUAUGUCCUUAUUUCAAUUUUAGCAACAAUUAUAUAUAGUGACAUUAUAAGUUCAGAAAAAAAUAUAACUAAAAGUGAAGAAAAUGGCAAAAAUGGCAAAAAUGGCAAAAAUGGCAAAAAUGGCAAAAAUGGCAAAAAUAGCAAAAAUGACAAAAAUAGCCAACAGAAUGACCAACAGAAUGACCAACAGAAUGACCAACAGAAUGACAAACAGAAUGACCAACAGAAUGACCAACAGAAUGGCAAACAGAACAAAUCUAUAACUCAUACGCUGAUGAACAUUUUUAAAAACAACUCCAACACAAAUGUGAGUAACAAAUCUGAUAAUAUAAUUAACAAAGGAGUAGAAAAAAAUGAUGAAAUGGGAAAUAAUAAUUUUCCUAAAAAAGACAAAAUAAAAAUAGAUGAACAUAAUAUUAUAGAAAAUUAUAAUAUAUUAAAAAAAAUAAAAUUUAUACUAAAAAGAGGGUUAAUAUCACUAUUUAUAUUUAUAUUUUUGAGGAUGCUUAUGAUAAAUAAAGUAAAAGAUGAUUCACAUGUUCUUUCAUUAUUAAAAGUCAGAUUAAAUAUAGGGAAACAUAAUUUUGAUACAAUGAUAUAUAGUGCAGGAGGGGAGUUUAAACCAUUUUCAAAAAAUAUGUUAAAUAUGAUAAAAGAAACAGCUUUGUUCGAUUAUUUUAUUAUAUUUGGAAUUAUAUACAUUUUUUAUAUAAUAAUAUAUUUAAAAUAUAUAUACAGAAAAAAAAAUAUAAUAGAAUAUAAUGAAUUUAUUACUCCAAAUUUUAUUUUUUUAUUAAUUCAAACUAUAUUUUUUAUAUUCCUUAUGUUAAUAAUAGCAAGACUUCGUGUUUUAUCUUUGCCUCUUUUAUGUGUCAUUUCAUCUUUGGUUGGAUCCACUACUUUUUUAAAUAACAUUAUUUUUAUUAUCAUUUCCCCUUCUUUUCCUUUGUUCAGAAAAGUGAAAAAAGCAACAAAAAUUAUAAUAUAUAUAAUUUGCAUCUAUGAGUGGGUAUAUCCAUUUAUAAAAUAUUUUCCGAAAUAUGAAUACAUGAAUACUAUACGGAACGAACCAUCGAAUUUGCAAAAUAAUUUAGAUUUAAUUAAUUGGAUGAAAAUAAAUAUAAAAGAUGGAGAACCAAUAUUAGCUGAUAUACCUACAUCUAGCUUUUUAAGAUCAACAACUAAUUUUAAAAUGGUUUUACAUCCACAAUAUGAAGAUGUAGGGUUACGAAAACGGGUUCAAGAUUAUUAUAUGCUAGCCAGUUGCAUACCUUUUGUUGAUGCAAAAAAAUAUUAUUAUGAAAAAUAUAAAAUUCGUUAUAUUGUUAGUAAUAUUUAUAGAUGUGCAUCUAUCAAUGAAGGAAUAAGUGCAUUCACUUUAGCAGAUCAAAUAGAUUCUAAUUAUUCUAGAUGCACAAACAAAAAAAAUUUCAGAUUCUGCCAAAAAGUAAUAUAUGAUGAUACAAAUUAUAAAACUUUAUAUAGAAAUGGAAAAUAUAGUAUUAUCAAAUUUACUUCUGAAUUUAUUGAAGAUAAUGAACCAUAUUAUCAAUUUAAUGAAUCAAAAUAUGCUGACAUUUCAUAUUUUAUGCCAUGGAUAUCUAGAUGCAUAAAAACAGAUAAUAAAUGUGCAAUACAUAUAGCUGAAGUUGCAAGAACUAAUUUAGAUAUAUUACAAAAUUAUAAAAUAGCAUCUCUUUUAUAUAAAUAUAUAGAAACACAAAUUUUCGACCAUGAUAAAGCCAAUGAUAUUAAUGAUAAAAAAUUAGGAAAUGAAAUAAAAUUGGAUAAAGAUGUUCUUACAAUAUUUCAUUUAGCCGAGUUUUAUGAUUAUGAUAUGAAAAAUACAAAGAAAGCAAAUAUAUUAUAUAAAAAAGCAACUGAAUUAAUCAUGGCAAAUGAUAUGCAAUAUAAUAUUUCACCAAAUUUAAAUAGUUCAUAUAUAAUAGAUGUAGCUCCUUUGGUUCCUUUAAAUAAACAAAUACACAUACUUUCGUCAUAUAUAUAUUUUUUACUUGAUACAAAAUUAUUUAAAAAUAAAUAUGAAUUAUUUACCCUUUAUAAUAAAAUAGAUAAACUUAUAAAAGUCGUUACAUUUUCAUUAGAUAAUGGAUAUUAUUAUGAAAAUAUAAAAUCAAAUAAAACGGAACAAACAGUUAAAAUAAUGUUUUAUAAAAAAAAUUUAGGACAUAUUUUAAAUGAGCUAUGUGAGCAUGCAGUUCAUUUACACAAUAUUAAACAUGAAUAUACACAAUAUGAAUAUAUUUAUAAAAAUAUAUGGAAUUUGGUUAAAAGGGUUUCAUAUAUGGAUGAAUGUGUUUUGAAAAAUUUUAGUAUAUUUGAAAAAAGAGAAUUAAAUAGAAUUGACUACCUCAAAUUUUUUUAUAUUUAUUAG